UCAAAUCUCAAAUCACAAAUCACCAAAGUGGUAAAUAUUACAGUCCACAUUUUCUACACAAACCAGCAACACCAAGAUAUCCCCUCCUCCUUCCCUCCUUCACUCUUUCUCUCUCUCAUUCUUCAUCACUUUCUCUCUCCUCCUCAUCUCUCUCUCUCUUUUUGGGGCUCCUCAUUUCUUGCAUCAUCUAAAAUCCAUCUUUGUUCCUUCUUAUUCUCCUCGAAUCUCACACUAAUAAUCUUCUCCCAAGAUUCAUUCAUAUUUCAUACUUCUUUCUUUUUUAUUCCAACUUUUCUGAUCUGGGUUUCCAAGAUUACACUUCUAGAAUCACAAAUACUUCAAAAAGGUUCAAUCUUUGGGUUGAUUUUGAACUGGGGUUUUCUUUUUUGCACUAAUUGAUGAUUUAAAUUCAUGGGUUUGUGAAGAAUAUGUGCAGAGAUUGUUCUACUACCCAGUUCAUGAUAUAUCAAUUCAUUGCUUGAAUCUGCAUCAUUUGUGUGAGGAGUUUGAGGAGUUAUGGGAAGAGGAAGAGGGAAAGGGAAGAAGCUAACCGUUACAAGCCACGAUGAUCCAGGAAGUGGCGAAGAGGAGAAGAUUCCUGCUCAAAAAAGAAGAGGAAGACCUCAAAAGCCGUUGAAGGACAACGAGAUCGACGAAGAAGAGUUACUCAAAAUAGAAGAGGAAGAUAGUGAGAACACAACAACAACCGCCAUAGACAACGGUAAGAAGAGGAAAAGAAGCUCCCCAUCAAAGGAGAAGUCCAGUUCAGUGAAAGAAGAUAACAACAACAACAACAAUGUUGUUGGAGCUACUUUAGUUUCAGAUCUUUCAAACAAGCCUACCGGUUUCCGGCAUAUAGGGAGCCGCAGGAAAAACAAGCCUCGUCGAGCAGCUGAGGUCGGGGUUGAGUGCUAGUGGCAUAACAAGCGGGUUGGGUUGGUGCGGGUCACUAGCGGGGCGGAUCAUUAGUUGAGCGAGUCUGAGCCCGGUUUUGUCGAAGGAUAGAAUUCUACUUGGGCUCGAGAGUUAUCCGGUAAGGCAUGCCUGAAACCGAAACCUUUUUUUCAGGUUUUUGCAUUCUUUUGGUCAUUUGCCCUAACAUUUUGGCUUCUUUUAUAUUAUUAGUAACCUCUUUCAUUUUUUUUAUACUUCUUGUAAUCUUUCACAAUGACUAUGACAAUUGACAUGUUCAUUAGCUGGUUUUUUAGUAUUCCAAUCAUUUUUUUGCUA